UGAGCGCGGAGCUGACCGGCAUCGGCGGCGAUGGAAGAACUUACGGCGUUCGUCUCUAAGUCUUUUGACCAGAAAGUGAAGGAGAAGAAGGAGGCGAUCACGUACCGGGAGGUGCUGGAGAGCGGGCCGCUGCGCGGGACCAAGGAGCCGACGGGCUGCACCGAUCCCGGCCGCGACGACCGCAGCAGCCCGGCAGUCCGGGCGGCCGGCGGAGGCGGCGGCGGAGGAGGAGGCGGAGGCGGAGGCGGAGGAGGCGGAGGAGGUGCAGGAGGAGGAGGAGCAGGCGGAGGAGCUGGAGGAGGGCGCUCUCCCGUCCGGGAGCUGGACAUGGGCGCCGCUGAGAGAAGCAGGGAGCCGGGCAGCCCGCGGCUCACCGAGGUGUCCCCAGAGCUGAAGGAUCGCAAAGAGGAUGCGAAAGGGAUGGAGGACGAAGGCCAGACCAAAAUCAAGCAGAGGCGAAGUCGGACCAAUUUUACUCUGGAACAACUCAACGAACUGGAGAGGCUUUUUGAUGAGACCCACUACCCGGACGCUUUCAUGCGCGAGGAACUGAGCCAACGGCUGGGGCUGUCCGAAGCCCGAGUGCAGGUUUGGUUUCAGAAUCGAAGAGCUAAAUGCAGAAAACAAGAAAAUCAACUCCAUAAAGGUGUUCUCAUAGGGGCUGCCAGCCAGUUUGAAGCUUGUAGAGUUGCACCUUAUGUCAACGUAGGUGCUUUAAGGAUGCCAUUUCAGCAGGAUAGUCAUUGCAACGUGACGCCCUUGUCCUUUCAGGUUCAGGCGCAGCUGCAGCUGGACAGCGCCGUGGCGCACGCGCACCACCACCUGCACCCGCACCUGGCCGCGCACGCGCCCUACAUGAUGUUCCCGGCGCCGCCCUUCGGACUGCCGCUGGCCACGCUGGCCGCUGACUCAGCCUCCGCCGCCUCCGUGGUGGCUGCCGCCGCCGCCGCCAAGACCACCAGCAAGAACUCCAGCAUCGCCGAUCUCAGACUGAAAGCCAAAAAGCAUGCUGCCGCCCUGGGUCUGUGACGCCAACGCCAGCGCCAACGUCGCGCCUUCAGCGCGGCGUGCACCCUGCACACCCUCCGCGCCUCGCUGCUUUACCGUUUAUCCCCCACGGAUCUCCGGAACCUACCCUCUUCCCGCCCCGCUGAUCGCCCUUUGCCCCCCUCCACAACCUGGACUUGGAGGGCGAGACUCCGCGCGGGACCCUCGAUCCCACUAGGCGCAGCAGCUCCGUUGCUCCUGACCAUUCACUUACCCAAGGGCAUAGAAUUCGGCUUCGUAGGGGCAAGUUUUCGGGAAGUCUGGAGAGAGACUGAACAAGGGAACGCUAGGACAGCGGAGUGUGGCUCAAGGCAAAGCUGCAACGAUGGAUUCUUGAGUAGAAAUAAAAAUCCUGUUAAUAAAAAGAGCAAAAAAAAAAAAAAAAAAAAAAAGUAGAAAAGACAAACCAGAGAGAAAAAAAGAAAAGGGGAACUUAUUGCUAUUUGGCAGAAGCUGAAAUUGGAGAAAGAAUCAAGGAACAAAAACAAAUUUUAAAAAUUAAAGUAUUUUAUACAUUUA